UAAACGUAACGUAAGAUGCCUUCUGUCAACUUUGUGCAUGAAGAUCAUAGGCUUGAUCCGAUGGAUAGCCCGGAAAAUGAGACAAAGACAACAAAUGGGGACACUUCACCCAACUACCCUCUGUUACCUACGCCAACCAUAGAGGGACAUGAUCCUAAACCAAGAACUGUGUGGAUUGAAGAAGAAAAUGAAUUUGAAGCCCUCCUGCACGCAAAGGUUGAGAAAAUUCCUCUGAAAGAUUUUGGUACCGAAGUGCGAGCAUUCCGUGACGUUGAGAAUUUCUUGGAUAGAACAUUACUGGUGCUUAACCUAGACAAGAAUGGGCUUGACGAGAUUCUCGAGGUGAUGUUCGAGAAGAUAAAAGAUGAUAAAACAGGCGAGGAUAAGUUUUCAACUGCUGAAUCUAUGUCUGCUGUGUUUAGUCAUCAGUCAGCUCAGAUACUAACCAAAACAAUAUACGGUACGACGAGAAGUGAUGGCGGCGUAUAUUUUGACCAGUCAUGGAUAUGUGCUCUAUGCGAAGUUCCGUCAGUAAGCAGACGACAUGUAGUAAUUUGUCGUUUGGCAAACCCAGCUAAUCUCGGCGCCAACAGUCAAGAUGUUCAGUUCCUCAUCCUCGUAGUUGCACCUACAAAAGAGAAAAGUACAAAAACAGCUUUGAACUGGUCGCCUUUCGCACGGCGCCUUCCCAUUCGAGAAAAGAGCAUUCCUGAAAACAGGAAAUCACAUUUACUACUCCCCAAGAAUCCCUUCGAGGACGAUGAAAAAGAGAAGUUAAAAUGUCCCAUUGGUCGUGGAAUGAUCCAGGACAUCAAAAGGAGACUUCCACAUUACUGGUCCGAUUAUAAAGAUGGGGUUAUCGGAUACAAGACGCCACAGAAGCUUAUAUCUACCACACUGUUUCUGUAUUUUGCGUGUGUAUUACCAAAUAUAGCGUUUGGAAUGUUGAAUGAUAACAAUACUAAUGGCGCAAUUGGGGUAAAAAAGAUUUUAUUCUCACAAUGUGCAGGAGGUAUAAUAUUUGCGUUGUUUGGAGGUCAACCUCUCAUUGUACUUCUGACUACUGCGCCGCUGGCCCUGUACACCAAGAGUAAGAUUUUCUUCUUCUGUUUGUCUAUAGAUAUUUGGAGAGGCUUCUAUUCCAUGUUCUCAUGUGUCGGUCUCUGGAAUUGUUUCUUUCUCAUUAUCUACUCUGUUACCAAUCUCAGCAAACUUAUGAAAUUCUCAUCCAGAUCUACAGAAGAAAUAUUUUCACUAUUUAUCACAUUUGCAUUUUCUGCCGAUGCCAUUAAAGACACAAUAAAAGAUUUUAACAAGUAUUACUACACUCCCGACUGUUUCCCGCCAACUAAUACAGAUCACUCUGUGACUAACGUAACAACUAACACGAGCAUUGACCUAACUAAUGUCACUGAUACAUCUACUACCAUCCAUCACCCGUGCUUGAAGGAGAACAGUAUACUCUUUCUACUACUUAUGCUCGGUACCGUUUGGUUUGGAAUCACACUGUUCAACUUUACGAAAACACCAUUUCUGACUGCCGGUAAGAGAGAGCUACUUGCAGAUUACGCUUUACCAGCAGCAGUACUUAUAAUGUCUUUCUUUGGUUCAUAUGUAUUCAAUGCAGUUGCAUUGAAGCCAUUCAAAUAUGUAGCUGAGACAACGUUAUUUGAGUUAGCACCGUUACAUACGUUGCCGUGGCCUGCAGUGAUUGCCGGUGCUGGGCUCGGCUUCAGCCUCUCCCUACUUUUCUUCAUGGAUCAAAACAUAUCCAGCGCCUUAGUAAAUACACCUUCCAACAAGUUGAAGAAAGGAGCGGCGUAUCACUGGGAUCUAUUUACUGUUGCUAUAAUAAACGGGUUCCUCUCAAUAUUUACGUUACCAUGGGUACACGCCGCCCUGCCUCACUCCCCACUGCACGUGAAAGCUCUAGCAGAUGUAGAAGAAAGAGUUGACCAGGGACACGUGCAACAAAUUGUUGUACAUGUACGAGAAACCAGAUUGACAGGGAUUAUCUCUCACGUGAUGAUUGGAUUAUCUAUGUUUCUCCUACCAUACCCACUAUCAUAUAUACCGUCACCGGUGCUGGACGGUCUAUUCCUUUACGUGGCUAUAACUGCACUAUAUGGUAAUCAACUGUUUGACAGAAUUCAGCUUUUCUUCACAGAACAGUCUGCCUAUCCACCCAACCACUAUAUACGCCGGGUACCACAACGUAAAAUCCACACAUUUACAGCAAUACAGUUGUUACAGUUACUGGUUCUCUGUAUAUUCGGAUUCUCGCCUAUACCUUACAUGAAAAUGGUCUUCCCUAUACUUAUCAUGUUUCUGAUGCCAAUUAGACACAAAGUGGUACCUAAGAUUAUUUCCCAGAAGUACCUGUCAGCCUUAGAUGGUCAUUAAAUGGACAAAGAAAUAUUUUUAAGUGAUAGCAUUUACAGUUGAUUCAGUAUAUAGACUUUUUGUAAAUUAAGUGUACAAAUGUAUAUACAUAUAUACUUUGUAUUCGGAAAUAUAUAUGAUUUUAUAUUGUAAAAUAUUUUAUUUAAAAAAAAGCCCACU